AUGCCAAGAAUAUGGGUUUCUGUUUUUCUGCUGUUAGAGCUGGGUUGUUACUUUAGUUGUGGGAGUUGUGGAAAGGUGUUGGUGUGGCCCAUGGAAUACAGCCAUUGGAUCAACAUAAAGACAAUCCUCGAAGAACUCGUCCGGAGAGGCCAUGAAGUCACUGUUCUCACAGCUUCCGCUUCAAUUCUUGUUGGCUCCACCAAAUCAUCUGCUAUUAAAUUUGAGAUUUACCCAACAUCUUUAUCUAAGGAUGAUUUGGAAGAUAUUUACAUAAAAUUCACAAAGUUAUGGACAUAUAAACAAAAAGACACAAUUUGGACAUAUUUAUCAAAAAUGCAAGAUGUCCUUUCGGAAUAUUCAGAUGUUGUUGAAAAGCUUUGCAAAGAUGCAGUUUUGAACAGAACAUUGAUGACAAAACUACAGGAGUCAAAGUUUGAUCUUGUUCUUUCAGAUGCAGCUGGACCUGGUGGGGAGCUGCUGGCUGAGUUACUUAAAAUACCGUUUGUUUACAGUCUCCGCUUCACUCCUGGUCAAAAAUAUGAAAAGCAUAUAGGAGGACUUCCCCUCCCACCGUCUUAUGUACCUGUUGCUUUGUCAGAAUUAAGUGACCAAAUGACAUUCUUGGAAAGGGUGAAAAACAUGAUGCAUGUGCUUUAUUUUGACUUCUGGUUCCAAGGUUUUAAUAUAAAGAAGUGGGAUCAAUUUUACAGUGAAGUGCUUGGAAAACCCACCACAUUAUAUGAAAUUAUGAGGAAAGCUGAAAUCUGGCUCAUUAGAACCUAUUGGGAUUUUCAGUUUCCUCACCCAAUCUUACCAAAUUUUGAAUUUGUUGGAGGACUGCACUGCAAACCUGCCAAGCCACUGCCUGAGGAAAUAGCAAAGUUUGUCGAGAGCUCUGGAGAAAAUGGCAUUGUGGUAUUUACUCUGGGGUCAAUUGUCACUAGCAUGUCGGAAGAGAAAGCCAAUGUGAUUGCAUCAGCCCUCGCUCAGAUUCCACAAAAGGUUCUCUGGAGGUUUGAUGGCAAGAAGCCUGACUCUUUAGGGGCAAAUACUCGUCUGUACAAUUGGAUUCCCCAGAAUGACCUUCUUGGUCAUCCCAAAACCAAAGCUUUCAUCACUCAUGGUGGGACCAACGGCAUCUAUGAGGCAAUUUACCACGGGGUGCCUAUGGUGGGCAUUCCCCUGUUUGCGGAUCAGCCGGAUAACAUCGCUCAUAUGCAGGCCAAGGGGGCAGCUGUCAGGGUGGACUUUGAAACAAUGUCAAGCUCAGAUUUGCUCAAUGCAUUGAAGACAGUCAUCAGUGAUCCUUUGUAUAAGGAGAAUGCGAUGAAACUAAGGGCAAUUCAACGAGAUCAGCCAGUGAAGCCUCUGGACAGGGCGGCCUUCUGGAUCGAGUUCGUCAUGCGCCACAAAGGAGCCAAACACCUGCGGCCCGCCUCCCACGGCCUCACCCUGCUCCAGUACCACUCUCUGGACGUCAUCGGCUUCCUGCUGGCCUGCGUGGCAGCUGCCCUGUGGCUCAUCACCCAAUGCUGCCUGUGCUGUUGCCGGCUGUUUUCUAAAGCAGGGAAGAAGGAAAAGAGGCACUAG